AUGGGGGACGGCUGUUGUCCUGGAAACGCCGCGGCCAUUCCAGCGGUGACCCCCAUCUCCAUGUGCCCAAAGGGUGGCAGCUUCCGAAAUGGCAUCCUUCUGCCUAGCUUCUGCCAGAGCAGAACCUGGCAACUGGUCCCAUGCCAAGGACACUGUCAGCCAUCCGGCAGGGUCCCAGGAGGCUGUGAACCUGCUCCCUGCCACCAUACCUGCCUUCCAGCAACUUCCUGUGUGGGCUUUGUUUGCCAACCCAUUUGCUCCUGCUCAGCCUGCUACGAAUCCAGCACCGGUCAGGCUCCUCGUCUGGUUAGCUCCUGCCAGCCCUCCUGCUCAGAACCCACCGGCGGCCGGGAAAAGUGCUGCGAAGCCAGCCCCCGUCAGCAAAGCUCCUGCCAGGGACCUGUCUUCGUGUCCGGAUCGCGCCAGGCAGCUUGUGACCAAUCAGUCUGCCGUGACACUAGGGCCUGCCAGCCAUCCUGCUCUGAGGUGACUCCCUGUCCUGAAACAUCGUGCCCACCAACUGCCCGUGCAGCUACUCCAUGCCAGCCAACUUGCUGCCAAGCAGGUUCAUGCCACCCCAUGAGUGGAGAAGGUCAGCCCUGCAGAUCAACUUAUUACCAGCCCAUGUGCUACGUUUUCAAGACUUGCCAGUCAGUUCCCUGCAUGCCUGCUCCCUGCCAGCCAUUGCCUUGCGUGUUCGGUUCUUGCAAUCCUGCUUGCUGUGUGACCGCCCCUUGCCAGCCACUGCCCUGCCAAGCAGCUCCUUCCAUACCCUUCAUCUGCCGGCCCUCUUGCACUGUGAACUCUUGCACACCAGCAUCCCGUGGCACCAGGCCUUCUGGCCAACCAACUUGUGGCGGACCCACUUCCUGCAGCCAAGGUGGCUGCAAAUCCCCUUCCCGCCAGCCCGUCUGCUGCGUGACAGGUUUAGGCAAAUUGUCCAGUGGUGACUCCAAUUGCUUCCAGCCAACUCCUCCACGCCCCUGCAGAGCCAGCCCCUGCUUGCCGACUUCCUGUCAACCCGGCCUCGGGUCCAGCUCCUGUAAGGCAACGCUUGGUUGA